ACUGGGCCUCAUGUGCUCCAGGUAUACCAGCAAAACAUCUGUAUUCCCUAGAGAAACUGAUAACAUCUGCAAAUGCCCAGAGACAGAAAUAGUUUGCAAGCUCGUGUGCAUCAGGACUGGGCAUUUUUUCUCCUGCAGUUUCCUGCAUGUGUGUCUCCUGUGACUGGGCAGUGGAACAGGUGCAGCUCACCAAACUGAACUGUCCACUGGAAGGUGGGAGAUUGGGUUUCCAAGUAGCAGAACCAAAGCGGGGAUCACCUUACAGCUUUUCUGUUCUACCUGCAACAUCAAUAAUUUAAUUGAGGCCAUUGUCCCCUUUGUUCAAACACCUGGCAUCUCAAUGCUGCGGAAGUCUGGAAAGCAGUGCAAGAAAGACAACAGAAAGCAGCAGAAGGGGUCCCCCAUGGAAAACGGUGUGGCCCAGGAGUCUGGAGGCUCUCAGCCUGCUGCAGAAGGGGGAAGAGGUGCUCGGGGCCAGAAUGGCGCAGUUCCAAGACCACCCCAGCCGCCACCCCGGGUGCGGCCUCGGCUCAUCUUCCACACCCAGCUGGCUCACGGAAGUCCCACUGCCAAGAUUGAAGGGUUCACCAGUGUUAAGGAGCUCUAUGCCAAAAUUGCAGAGGUCUUUGACAUCUCCUCAACAGAGAUUCUGUUCUGCACUUUGAACACCCACAAGGUAGAUAUGCAGAAACUGCUGGGCGGCCAGAUUGGUUUGGAGGACUUCAUUUUCGCUCAUGUCCGCGGUGAUACCAAGGAGGUGGAGGUCACCAAAACAGAGGAUGCUCUGGGACUCACCAUCACAGAUAAUGGGGCUGGUUAUGCUUUCAUCAAGCGUAUUAAGGAAGGUAGUAUAAUGAACCGCAUUCCAACGGUCUCUGUUGGGGACAGCAUUGAAGCCAUUAAUGACCAAACCAUUGUCGGAUGCCGCCACUACGAAGUUGCCAAGAUGUUGCGCGAGAUGCCCCAGGCACAGCCAUUUACUUUGCGCUUGGUGCAGCCUAAACGAGCUUUUGAUAUGAUCAGCCAGAGGACACGAAGCAGCAAGAGCUCAAGUGAGGAGAAAAUAGGCAGCGGAAGGGAGACACUACGGCUGCGUGCAACGGGCACUGCCACCAUAGAGCAGGCACCAAGUGAGUUUGAGGAGGAAGCUGCUGAAAAAAUGGAUGAGUUAUUGGAAAGCUACAUGGGCAUUCGUGACCUCGAAUUGGCAUCAAGCAUGGUAGAGAUCACCAAAGAAUGCCAGAGCCCUGAAGACUUUGCUCGCGGGCUGGAUUCGCUCCUGGGUGAAUUUGCCUUCCCGGAAGAUUUUGUCUCAGAGGUCUGGACUGCAGUUUGCAAGAGCAGGGAAAUCCCUGAGUAGUUUCAGGAGAUGAGUUGGGCAAUGAAAGCUGUUUCUUUUCUUUGCCACCCCGCUCAUCCUUUUCUUCUUUUCUCUACUCUGCAAUUCUCCAUAUCUUGCAUGCACUGGCAUCUACAUCUUGGAUUUCCAUCCAGAAUUAUCACCCAUGGCUCAAGGAUGACACCUUUGCAAAAUUUCCAGAGGUGACAGUAGCACCAAUGACCACAUGCUCUCCUACCGGGGUGGAAGGAACUUACCUGUAUGGAGGGAACAGAGAGAUAUUACCAUUUGGGUGGUUACUUCUGGUUAGCAUCUAUAUGGGAUCUUCUUCCAGUAGUAUUCCAAAAUACAAUUGCUAUCCUGUAGUCGGGUGGGCUGCUGGGGGUUCGCAGGGGUUCGGGAGAACCUCUAGCUAAGAUUCUGUGCAGUUCGAAGAACUCCCAAAUCCCACUCCAGGCUGGCCCCUCCUACCCCUCCCCUCCCAGGAAUCCCCACGUGACCUGUUUUGGAUGCAGGUAAAUGCAGGGCGCACAUGGAGGUUUGGAGAGGGCGAAAAACAGGCCUACCGGAAGUUCAGGAAGUCCGUUUCCAGUCUCCAGAGCCUGGGAACCCUCCUGGAGACUCAAGGAAAGCCUCCAGAGCCCGGGGAGGGCAAAAACACUCCCCCCCCCGCAGUGGUACAGGAGGCCGACUAGGCGACGCCCACCAUGGCCACGCCCACCCAGCAACCAGGCAGAGAACCCCUUGCUAAAAAUUUUGAAGCUCACCCCUGCCUGUAGGUCUACGUUAACAGGUCAGGAUGGCAUCUUCUCUGGUUAAGAUCUUUAAGUUACGCUUCUCAUAAUUGCAGAAUAGAUAGGAGAAUGCUAGGAGAAACAUUCUCGGCUUCUUGGCAACUCACCGCACUGCAAUUUCAGGCUUCUCUUAAAGGUGGGUAUUUUUAGUCCAGUUCUGUAACUGGGAAGGAUUUGAACCAUCAUUCUUCACAGUGGUUUCUGCAGGGCAUAGUGAAGUAAGUCAAGAGGACAGCCACGAUAAUAUGACACAUGCAACACCCAUUAAAAAUGGGAAUUUCAA